AAGUGUCCCGCUGCUCCGUCCGUUGAGCAGCGAGCGGAGAUUAUUUGACACAAACCAAAGGAAAACAGCUGAGCAGCUUCAGACAUGUUCACCUAAUGACGUGUUUUUAAUUAAAGACGAGAGGACGAUGAACGAGUGAAGGCUGCUAUGGAGAUAAGGAGCAGUUCCUCUGGUCUUGGUCACCGUCAUGAAUCCUAACCGCUCCUCAUCUCGCCGUGAGGGUCAGUCUCCUGCAGAUGACCUGAUGGACGACUGGCUCCUCCUCUCCUCUGACUCUGUUGUGCCCCAGGGCUUGGAAGUCAGGAGGGACGACCCGGAGACAGAGGACAGGGGACAGUUCAAGUCCAGGUUGAUCUCAGCAUGGAACAGCGUCAAAUAUGGCUGGUCGUUGAAGCAGAAAUCCAAAUUCAAGAAGAGCUCUCCUGUCGUCAUGUUUGGACAAAACUACGAGCUCAAGGAUCACGGGGACAGAGAGCGUUUCCGUCGUUCCUUCGCGUCACUCCUGUGGUUGACGUACAGACGGGGUUUCCCUACUCUGGCAGGCGGCUCUCUGACCACCGACAGCGGCUGGGGUUGUAUUUUACGGACGGGGCAGAUGCUGCUGGCACGAGGCCUGCUCCUGCACCUGAUGCCACCAGGUUGGACCUGGUCUGUGAGCCAGCGUGCGGUCAAAGACGACAUGGACCUGCUGGUGAGUUGCUCCACAGACAGUGCAGAGCAUGGACAGGAUGUGAAGGAGGGCCCCGUUAAGAGGAGUCGAAAACUGAGCCUGGGUUCCCUCCUGGACAGACCCAUGGAGGCCACACACAGGAGGGUGGUAUCGUGGUUUGCAGACCGUCCCGGAGCUCCGUUUGGGAUCCACCAGCUGGUGGAGUUGGGCAAAAGCUCAGGGAAGAAGGCCGGGGACUGGUACGGACCUUCCAUUGCGGCUCAUAUCCUCCGGAAAGCCGUGGCAGCGUCAGUGGACCUUCCUAAUCUAGUGGUGUAUGUUGCACAGGAUUGCACCGUCUACUUGGAGGACGUGAAGAGGUUGUGUGAGCGUCCUCGCCCUCACUCCUGGAAGUCCGUCAUCAUCCUGGUUCCUGUGCGACUCGGAGGACAAGAUCUCAAUCCGUCCUACAUCACCUGUGUCAAAGAACUCUUGACGUUGCCGUGCUGCAUCGGGAUCAUUGGAGGCAAACCCAAGCACUCUUUGUUCUUCGUCGGCUUCCAGGAUGACAACCUGCUGUACUUGGACCCUCACUACUGUCAGCCCACGGUGGAUACAGCAAAGGAGAACUUUCCCUUGGAGUCGUUUCACUGUAAAUAUCCCAGGAAGAUGGCUUUCUCCCGCAUGGACCCCAGCUGCACCAUCGGUUUCUACGCUAAAGGCCAGAAGGACUUUGAGUCACUGUGUGCAGCUGUUAAUCAGGCUCUCUCCACGUCUACAGGGACGUACCCCAUGUUCAUAUUUGCAGAAGGAAGAAGUCAGGAGGAAGAAACCAGCGCACCCACAAACAACGUCACCUACAUCAGGAGGAAGGGUGAGCCGAGGAGAGUCGACACCAGCAACAGCCUGGACGAGUUUGUUCUGUUAUGAGUGGUAGAUCAGAUCUGCCUCGAGGUGCCGACAGUGAUCAAACAUUAAACUUUAUGUUUCACUGUGUGGCCUCUACUGAGCGUCCUCGUUAACCUCAAGGGAAUAAUGAAGCAGCCAGACAUCAACAAUGACACUACUAUGAUUUUAUUACUGUUUUGUGCUUAACUGUAUUUUUAUUUAUUGUUUUAAAAGAAAAUUUAAUUUUUAUCGUUCAGUUGAAGGACUUUUAAGAAUGAAGAAUUUUUAGUUAGUAUCUGAGGUCGUGUUCUUUUUCUACUCAAUCUGUUUAAAAUAAAAUAGAAUAAUAAUAGUGAGUGGCGAAACUUGAGGCGAGUGUUACUAUGAGCUGCACAGUCAGUCUCUCAGUGUGUGAUGUCAUGUGACAGGAUGUUCUGCCUUUGAAUGGAUUAGAAAAA